UGGGGAUUUCCCAUCCAGGGGAGCUCCUACCCCGGAGCUGCUGGUACAAAGGUCAGAAAUGUGUGCCGAGGCCAGGAGGCAGCAGUCGGAGCCUUGGAGCGCUGGAGAGCGCACUGGGGGAGGGCAGCCUGCGCCAGGAUUUCUUUGCAUCCUAAAGGACACGUAUUUGGUCUCCUCGGGGCGCAGCGGAGUUGGUCAGGGACCGUCAUCACCGGGUCUCUCUCUGCAGAGGAGUCACUGCAGUUGUCUUUAGUACAGACACACUCUUUUCGGGAGUGACUUCUUGGUUCCUUCAUGCGGCCAUGGAUCUGGACAAACCGUCUGUCUGGGGCUCAUUAAAACAGCGGACCAGGCCUUUGCUAAUCAACUUGAGCAAGAAGAAGGUGAAAAAGAACGCAAACAAACCCCUCGACGUAAGGGCAAGGCAUGACCUGGAUCGCCGCCUCAGCAUCUCCGUCCCUGACCUCUUGGAGGCUGAGGCCUUGGCCCCGGAGGGUCGGCCGUACUCCGGGCCCCAGUCGUCCUAUACCUCAGUGCCCAGCAGCCUGUCAACUGCAGGCAUCUGUCCCAAGACUAGCGGUGGCUCCUUGAAACAGUCUGAAGAGGAAUUGGAUUGGAGCCAGGAAGAAGCAGGCCACCUCCACGUGGUGGAAACGGAUUGCGAGGAGACCUACGCCUCUCCCGCCGAGGACAGGAGCGCUUCCAGCAAUGGCAUCUUUGAUCUGCUCCAGAAAACUCCCCUCGGGGAGGAUGCCCUGGAAGAGCCAGAGAAUCUAUGUGGAAGUGGGGAUCUAAGUGCUUCUCUGACAUCCCAACAAUUUGAAGAACAAUCUACUCUCGGGGAAGCUGGAGAUGGCUUGAGUAAUCUGCCCAGCCCUUUCGCCUACCUCCUCACCAUACACCUGAAGGAGGGCCGGAACCUGGUCAUCCGAGAUCGCUGUGGCACAAGCGAUCCCUAUGUGAAAUUUAAGCUGAAUGGGAAGACACUGUACAAAAGUAAAGUCAUAUAUAAGAACUUGAACCCGGUUUGGGAUGAAAUAGUUGUAUUACCAAUACAGAGCCUUGACCAAAAGCUACGUGUGAAGGUAUAUGAUCGAGACUUAACUACGUCUGAUUUCAUGGGUUCUGCAUUUGUCCUUCUCAGUGAUCUUGAGCUUAAUAGAACGACUGAACAUAUUUUAAAACUGGAAGAUCCAAACAGUUUAGAAGAUGACAUGGGAGUGAUCGUGUUAAAUCUGAACCUAGUAGUAAAACAGGGUGAUUUCAAGAGACAUCGUUGGUCAAAUCGGAAGCGGUUGAGUGCGAGCAAGUCCUCUCUGAUACGCAACCUACGGCUCUCAGAGUCCUUGAAAAAGAACCAACUCUGGAACGGGAUUAUAAGUAUAACUUUGCUGGAAGGGAGGAAUGUGUCAGGAGGAAGCAUGACAGAGAUGUUUGUCCAGUUAAAACUGGGAGAUCAGAGGUACAAAAGUAAGACACUGUGUAAGAAUGCAAAUCCGCAGUGGCGGGAACAGUUUGACUUUCACUACUUCUCUGACAGGAUGGGCAUUUUGGACAUCGAAGUGUGGGGAAAGGACAGCAAAAAGCACGAGGAGCGUCUCGGCACGUGUAAAGUGGAUAUCGCGGCACUCCCGCUCAAGCAAGCCAACUGCUUGGAGCUGCCGCUGGAUAGCUGCCUGGGGGCUCUGCUGAUGUUGAUCACACUUACUCCCUGCACGGGGGUCUCCGUCUCCGAUCUGUGUGUGUGCCCCUUGGCAGACCCCAGCGAAAGAAAGCAGAUUGACCAGCGCUAUUGCUUACAGAACUCCCUGAAAGAUAUGAAGGACAUAGGCAUUUUACAAGUGAAAGUUUUGAAGGCAGUCGAUCUCUUAGCAGCCGACUUCUCAGGAAAGAGUGAUCCUUUUUGCUUGUUGGAGUUAGGCAAUGACCGACUUCAGACACAUACCAUUUACAAAAACCUCAACCCUGAGUGGAACAAAGUUUUUACAUUUCCUAUUAAAGAUAUCCAUGAUGUUUUGGAAGUGACAGUGUUUGAUGAAGAUGGAGAUAAACCCCCUGAUUUUCUUGGAAAAGUUGCCAUUCCCUUGCUGUCUAUUCGAGAUGGACAACCAAAUUGUUACGUGCUGAAGAAUAAAGAUUUAGAACAAGCUUUUAAAGGAGUUAUUUACUUGGAGAUGGACCUCAUAUAUAAUCCGAUCAAAGCAAGUAUUAGGACCUUUACUCCUAGAGAAAAACGCUUUGCUGAAGAUGGCCGCAAGCUAUCCAAAAAGAUCUUAUCAAGAGAUGCAGACCGUGUGAAAAGAAUCACCAUGGCAAUAUGGAAUACAAUACAGUUCCUUAAAAGCUGCUUCCAGUGGGAAUCCACAUUGAGAAGUGCAAUAGCAUUUGUGGUGUUUUUGGUCACUGUCUGGAAUUUCGAGCUGUAUAUGAUCCCCCUGGCGUUAUUGCUGCUGUUUAUCUACAAUUUCCUCAGACCCAUGAAAGGGAAGGUUGGCAGCGUCCAGGACAGCCAGGAGAGCACAGACAUAGAUGAAGAGGAGGAUGACGACGACAAGGAAUCCGAGAAAAAGGGGUUAAUUGAAAGAAUCUAUAUGGUGCAGGAUAUUGUUUCAACUGUUCAAAACAUCUUGGAAGAAAUAGCUUCUUUUGGAGAAAGAAUUAAAAACACAUUCAACUGGACGGUCCCGUUCCUUUCUUUCCUGGCCUGUUUGAUACUGGCAGUGGCCACCAUCAUUUUGUAUUUCAUUCCACUUCGGUACAUCGUUUUAAUCUGGGGCAUAAAUAAAUUUACUAAGAAGCUUCGAAAUCCCUAUGCCAUCGACAACAAUGAGCUACUAGACUUCCUCUCCAGGGUGCCGUCUGAUGUUCAAAAGGUGCAGUACGCGGAAUUGAAACUCUGCAGCAGCCAGAGCCCCCUUCGGAAGAAGCGCAGCGCGCUCUAGGACACACACCGACUUUGGACACCAGCACCGGAUUCUGUUUGGUUGAUUAGACCAAUACCAUCGCUCUUUCAGUGGUACCCGUGGUGUCAUUCUGAAAUGCAUCUGUGUGGACCCUUCGCUGUAUUCUCUCCCCUUCUUCACGCGCACAGAUGCACACAGGCGCGUGCGCACAUCCGCAUGCAUGGGCGUCCUAGUCGCAUAGCGGUUCAGCCCAGCAAAAGCAAACAAUCCAGAGACUAGGAAAGACUUAACAUCCCUUCUCAAAUAGGAGAUAAAGCAAGGCUGCUAUGGGUCUGAACACCCUCCCUGAGAACAACUCUAGACCGUUCGGAUUCAAGAGUGACUUUGAACUUGUUUUCACACCUCUGACGGAUUCUCAUUAAGAUUCAGUUAUUUCCAUUCCCCAUCCCCACACUCCUUUCAGAUUAUUGUUCAUGAGUCACUUUUUUCUCUGAGUUAACAAGUCUUUGAUAGCCAUCAUCUAGCAAAUAAUGUAUAUUAUAAAUAGAGUUUUUAAUACUUACCAGGUUCAGCCCAAAUCUUUGGGAAUCUUUCGGCUGUGAUUGCUGAAGACCUAUAUGUAAAAUUUCAGUAAACCCCUAGGUGCUGGAUGCCAGCCUACAUCACGGGCCACCGUGGGCAAUGGAUGCCCCAGGAAGGUCCAAAGGGAUCGCUCCUCCGAAGUGUAAAGGUUUAACGAAAGUAUUUAGUUGCCUUAAAACGCCAUUUCUUCUGACUUUACUUUUUGCUUAUUUCCAAAAUAAACUGUCAACAUUACAGCUUCAGAAAGGCGGAGAGGGGAUGGAUGAAUGACCUCUGAGAGUAUUUAGAAAGAUAAAGACUGAGGAGCAAGGGAUUAAUAAAUGUGGCUGCUUACCUGAUUGUCAUAAUCAACUCAUUUGCCCGCCUUUUUGAGCAGAAAGUAAAAAUAGUUUAGCAGUCAAAAUUGAUCUUUGGUUCCUCUCAUGGGCAAAAUAAGCUACACAUAAUACAAAUAUAUCUCGGAAACCUUUUUCUAGAAAAGUACUACCUUGAAGUCUUCCUUUGAGUGUAUCUGAUUCCUGCAGACCCCACCAUUUCAGUAACCCCCCCCAGAAUAAAAAUCCCAAUUCUGUGCAUAUUUAAAAUGUAUGCAAGUAUCUUUCUGUUCAAAUGAUAUUUAAGUUGUAAAGACUAUAUUUUGUGGACACAUACUUUGUAUGUGCAGUUUUAUAUAUAUAAUAUAUAUGUGUAUUGUAAAGAAAAGUUAAGGUAAAAAGACCUGAUUUAAUAGUGAGUUUUACUAUGGUUUUUUUUUCUCUCUCUGCGUUGUAAUUUAAUAAUCUUCAAACAAAAUGUUUAUGAAAAAUGCCAAAGAUUCUAAACCUUAUCAUCCCGUGUCUGUUUUUCUUCAUAUUAUAUCUUCCUGGCUGAGCCAGAUUUCUGCAUGAUUUGAUUUACUUCAAGUUAAUGAAGCUGGCUGGAAAAGAGCCUGGCAGAAAUUAUAAAAGCUCCAGUAAAUCUCUUAGUUGUACAUACAAUAGAUACCCAAGAACCUCUUUUGUUAAACCAGUUACUCAAUCUUCUGUGUAAACAAUGCCUCAUUGUCUCACUCCCAACUAUCAUCUAGUUUAUCAUAGUCUGUCAUUUUGUAACGACCUAAGUCAGACAUUUUUAAACAGACAUGUGAGAUCUGAUCAGUCAUUUGAAUGAAAACUUUCAGCAGCAAAAUAACCCCUUAUUUAUUUAAAAGUGGAACCAAUACUUUAUUGUUGUUCUUUUGCUAUAGAAUUUCAAAAUGAAAUAAUUUGCCCGACAAGAAGGCAUCGUUAGUUAGACUUACUUCUUUUGUAGCCUGACUGAAAUUCUCAGUGUAGAGUUUAGGACACAAACAGCUGCUGGGAUGCAGGAGCAAGACCGAAUCAACCUUCAAUAAACUCUUUAUGGAAAACAAUUGUUAAUUGAUUAAGUAGAUGUUGGAUGCUAAAAAUGAAUGUUAGUUGUAAGUGAAAUGUGAAGAUUUAUACAAGUAAUCAGAAACUUGUUUGAAGAUUCCUGAAUGCUUCAGAUAAGAUGUAUGGAUUAUGGAUUCACAGUGUGAUAAUUAAAGACAAUUUAAUAGGAAUGUU